GUCUGAUUAAAUCAGUUGUCAUCAUUCAAUGAAGCACAACAUUUCUGCAGAGAACAGUUCACCAAGACGUUCUCAGAGGUGCUGCUAAUCUAUGUGCACAAGAGACCAGCAUAACCUUCAUACCAAAACCUGACAAGACUAUUACCAGAAAGGAAGAUUGCAGAAAAGAAAAGAUUCUUGUUUUCCAGCCAGUGCAAGAGACUCAGAAACUAUUCAGGAAAUGUCGGUGGUGCUGCAGAGUGGAGUCCAUGAGACAGAAAAGAUGGAGACUCAAGCACAAACAGGAGACUCACGGGACGACUUCCCAAAGAAACUGCCAUCUUUAGUGCAUUUCUUUCCAUCGUCGACAGAUUCAGAUAGCACGACACUGCCGUGUUCACGGUCUUUCUCUGAUGAAAUCCUUCUCAGUUACUGUCUGUCUAGCCCUCAAGUUAGUGGAGCAACUCUGUCGACAAUUGGACCAAAGCCUCUUCAACCUGCUCGAGGGACCCAUUCCAACUCAGAAAACAGCUUGGGACUCAACAUCAUCAAAAUUCCAAAGAAACACUCUAUUCCAGUCCUUGCUGGUGAGCCAGCUGUGAUUGGGGAAGGGGAAGAUUAUUUCCUGUCUCUGUUUGGUGAUACAAGGAAACUUGUGCAUUCAUUCCACGAGAAAAGUUGGAAGCACUUCUCUAUGAUUCUUGAAGAAGUGGGCCAAUCUAGAUCCAGUGCUCUUGGAGACAUUAAAAUAGCUGAGGUGAAUGUCAAGGGUUUAUUCGUGAAGCUCAUUAACUCUUCCCCCGACAAAGAGAUGGAAAUUGGAAAUCAUACUCUCCAACAAAAUGUGGAUGGACAAACAAUCUCUCUCUACCGAUUCCUUCCUGGUAUCAUAAUGCAGGCCAAUUCUACAGUAACAGUCUGGACAGCAGCAUCUGAAAUAAAGCAUCAGUCACCAUCUGAUUUUCUUUGGAAGGAACACAACAGGUUUCACACAGGCCCAAACUGUACAACCAUCCUGUGCAAACCUAACGGUGAAGCUGUUGCCUGGUACACUCCCAUUCACUGGAAGCAAGCAUGGGAAAAAUUAGAGACCGACAUCGAAUUUGACAGAUGUUCAAUAAUAAGUGCAACACCUCAACGGCACAUGUUUAAUUGGCCAGCAGUUGCAACUACAACUAAAGAAAAACGAGAUCAGUUUAAGAGAGAGUCCUCAAAAUGCCAGGUGGAACAAGUUCAAGCUUCUCUUAAAAGAGAAAAAGAAAUCCCACCAACCCUUUUCCCCACUCGCAGCCCAUGGUGCCACAGUCCUAAUGUCCCUGCACACCCCUACUGUGCACUGACCGAUGCUCACAACACCUCCACAGCUGGACACAGCUUAAACAGACAGCCCAGGUCAACCCGGACUGAUUCAGUCCAGAGAUCAAGAAAAAACAGGACAUCUGAGUUACAAAAGCAAUAGGCAGUCAAUUCAACAUCUAAAGGAUGAUAAUAUUCUAGUCUGGAGAAAAACACAAGGAUGCCUAACAUGAUGCAGCCUGACUUCCACACAGGAAAGGAGAGGAAGCCAGCAGCAAGCAAGAACAUGGUUUCUUUAAGAAAAGAUAUUUCCUCAGGACUUUCCUGAUACCAUUUGUUAAAGAAGGGAGAUAAGAGUUUGUGCACAAAUUGAAACAUUUGUUGUCCAGGGUGUUACAAAGAAAAAUACUGGUCAAAAGCAAAACCAUUACAGUUUUCAUUUUAUGCACAUGAAGUUUCCCAAUCAUUAAUUUCAGUCUUUUAUACCCUGCCCAGAUGUUAGGUCAACCACUUCUGCCAUCUCUGCAGAUGCAUUUUCCAAAAGGACAUGUUUUAGGAAUUCCGAAUCUUGUGGUCUGUCUGAUUUUCUACACUUGGAAUCUUGUCUCCCUAAAGCAUGUGUUAAUCUGGCUUCCUAAUGUCUAGAAGUAAUAGAGGAAGUUUCUAUGGGAUAACUAAUUGGGAGUUUUUAAACCUGCCUGCACAUAACUCAGAUUCAGCCAAAAUAAUCUCUUCUACCUUGUGACAAAUUCCUAGGUACAAAAUCCCAUAGAUAGGAAAUACUGAGUUUUUAUUAAGUAAUCUGAUGGAGCUACUAUUUUUUUUUUUACACAAUUCUCACUUCUUAUUCUCUAGCGAUCUUAUUCUAUACUCAUCAAGAGUAUACAAGUUGAAAAACUAAUGAACUUGUUCAUUUUUAAUGUUGACCCUCUCUUCAUAGGCAGAAGGCAUGAUUGCUUCUGUUUCUGAGAACAAAUCCUGUCUAUGCCUCAUAGCCCAGCUUAAUUUAUUUUAAUUUUUGUUUAUUUAUAUAACACAUGCCGAAGAUAGGGCAUAUACAGUCUUGAAAUGUGAGAAGGAGCAAGAAAAGUGCGGAUUUCCCCCAAAUAUAUUGUUUGAAAAAAAUAAAGAAAUGUAAAGUGAAAGUGAAAGAAGUGAAGGAAUGUAAAAUAACCCCCAAACCCAUUACUGGUGACCACUGAGUUUUGUUUAUUAUAUCCAAAUAUCAAGGGCUAAAAAUACUUUAUUUUUAAAAAGUCACAUUCCAAGGAACUCAAACAUAUACUUGUACACCAGUAUUAAUAGCAGACUAUUCAUAAGUAAUAAAAGAUGAAAACAACUCAAGUGUUCAUCAACAGAUGAAUGGAUUCUUAAAAUGUGGAAUAUACCCAUAACAGAAUGUUAUUCAUCCAUUAAAAAAAAUGUUAAUAUAUGCUACAAGAUGGUUAAACCUUGAAAAUAUUAUGCUAAAUGAAAUAAGCCAGACACAAAAGGACAUUUGUCUGAGGUACUGAGAAUAGGCAAAUUCAUAGAAAUGGAAAGUACAAUAGCGCUUACCAGGGGCCAGGUCAAGGGGAGAAUGAGCAGUUGCUUUUUAAGGGGCACAAAAUCUCUGUUCAAGAUAAUGAAACAGUUCUGGAAACACUAAUGAUAGUUGUACAAUAUUGUGAAUGUACUUA